AUGAAUUGCACUCAUCAUAUUCAAUGUCCAAUAAAUUUCAUAUGUAUAGCUCCUCACAAGUGUUAAUAUUAAAGGAAACUCUGUGUUUAAUGCAUUAACGAACAUAGAGUAGAUAUCUAGCAUAUAGUUGAGAUAAAUAAAUUUCGAGAAAUGGUUAUUUAGAAAAUAAAAGACUAUUAGUUUGAUAAGGCUUCAGAAUUAACCAAAUAGAGAAAUAAUUUUAUAUCUGUUCUCUCUCAAAUCGAAGGGAUUCUGAAGAAAAUUUGGAAAUAAUUAACAGAAUCUAUCUAAUAAUUAUACGAUAUGUUUGAGAUAUAAAAUAAAUCAUAUUUGAAUAUUAUUAACGAAAAUACAAAUCUAAUAGAACAGCAUCGUACUUAAUUAGAUGAAUUAGUACUAAUUUUUAAAGGUCAAAAAUUUUAAGAUUGGAAUGCUUAUUAAAAUUCUUUUUUGAUCAAGUUGGAAAACGUGAAGAAUUGGUGGGGCCAUGAAGUUGAGGAUUUUAAUGAAAGGUUGAAGAAAUAAAUCAAAGUGUUUUUUCCAUUUAAUUAGUAAGAGUUUAAAUAAUUGUCAAUGCUUCAACCUAUUGAAUAAAAAGAAGAUUUGUGUGAGAUAUUAGCCUCCAUAAAAUAUAUUGAUGUGUAAAUAUUCAGAUUAAUCAUUUAAAUGUUGAAAUAAGAAAAAAUUACAGAUUUUAUAAGAUUUCUUACAAUAGAUGAAAAUCAAAAAUAUUUUGAAAAAUAUAUUUAUUAAGAAAAAUCCCAUGUAUCGCCUUUUGAUAAGAAUAAAAAGUUAAAAGAUGGAAAAGUUUCCUUUUAGUUAGUAACAAAAAUUAUAAAGUAAAUUAAUGAAGAUGACUUUAAUCAAAAUGACUAUUCAUCUGAAAUUUACAAUGAAACAAAAAAAGCUCUAAUGAAUAAAAUAUCAAAUGAAGAAAAAAUUUUAGAAUUUUUAAUAUUUCUAAUUUACCUCUCCACUUUAGAUAAGAAAUUCAUGUAAAGUGGAGAAAAUUCACUUAAUUUAUUAAUUGAAAUGAAAGUUGAUCUUAAGUAAUUAGGUCAAAAAAAUAUUCAAACUGAAAGUAUGUCUAUUAUAUAAAAUUUGGUUGAAUAAUAGAAUCAAUUAGAAUUAGAUUAAAUAUAUAUAAGUGAAGUUAACUUUUUAAGAAAAUAAAUAUUGAAUUAUUAUUUGAUAGAUGAUAGUACGCAGUAUUUACUGAAGUUGUAGGGUCACAGUGAAGAGGUCAGAUAAACAUGCUUCUCUUCUGAUGGUACUACAAUAGCAUCGUGUAGUGAUGAUUAGACUAUUCGGUUAUGGGAUGUCUAGACAGGAAAACAAAAAUCUUAAAUAGAGGGUAAUUGUGGUUAGAUUAAAUCAGUAUGCUUCUCUCCAAAUGAUACUAUUUUAGCAUCUGGUAGUGAUGAUUAAACUAUUCGUUUAUGGGAUGUUAAGACAGGAAAACAAAAAUAGAUAUUUAAAGGUCAUACAGAUUAGGUUAGAUCAGUAUGUUACUCUCCUGAUGGAAAUACAUUAGCAUCUGGUAGUGCAGAUAAAUCUAUCUUUUUAUGGGAUGUUAAUAAAAAAAAAUUAAUAUCUAAAUUAGGUGGUCAUAAUGGACCUGUAAAUUCAGUAUGCUUCUCUCCUGAUGGUAAUAUAUUGGCAUCUAGUAGCGCAGAUAAAUCAAUUGUUUUAUGGGAAUUUAAGAUAGGGCAACAAAAGUAUAAAUUAAAUGGUCAUCAGAAAAGUGUCUUUUAAGUAUGCUUCUCUCCUGAUGGUAUGACAUUAGCAUCUGGUAGUGCAGAUAAAUCCAUUAUUUUAUGGGAUGUAAGGACAGGAAAAGAAAAAUCUAUAUUAAUAGGUCAUUGUGAUGUAGUUAGAUCAGUAUGUUUCUCUCCCGAUGGUCUGGCGUUAGCAUCUGGUAGUUAUGAUUAGGUAAUUUAUAUUUGGGAUGCAAAGACAGGAAAGUGUAAAUCGAUAUUUAGAUAACAUUAUAGGGAAGUUCUAACAGUAUGCUUUUCACCUGAUAGUACUAUAUUAGCAUCCUGUAGUGGAGAUAAGUUUAUCCAUUUAUGGAAUGCUCUAUAUCCAUAAGAUUAAAGUUCCUUCUAUCUAUUUUGA